AUGGAAAAAGUUCGAAGACGUCAGCAAAAGGAAAACGAGAAGGAGCCACAGACAUGGGGUUUGGAGCAUCUUCAGCGCUUCUCAGUUUCUGGUUCUGCGGAGUUUGAUGACAAUACUUCCCUUCAGAUUGCACAAUCUUCUUCCUGCUCUGGCUCUUCGUCACAAUUGCUCGACGGCAAUGCCAACGCCCAUAGAGUAGCUAGGGAAUUGUUGACAGACGAGGAGGCGCAUGCUUUAGGUGAAGCAGUUGCGGUGGCGCGUCAAAGAAGCCACUCCCAGACGACCUCUAUCCAUGCCGUCUCCGCCCUACUAGCUCUCCCGGCCUCAACUCUGAGAGACGCCUGCUCACGUGCCACCACUAGUGCAUACUCCUCAGGCCGUCAGUUUCGUCCCCUCCACCUCUGUCUUGCGAACUCUCUAGACGAGUUGCCGACUUCUAAGGCUCUCGAUGAGGACCCACCAGUAUCGAAUUCCCUGAUGGUAGCGAUCAAACGGGGUCCAUUUAGUGGUGGGCUGGAUGAUGAUGAUGAUGGUGACGACGAUGUUUCUAGAAGAAUGGGUGAGGCUUCAGUGAAGAGAGAUGGGAAAGGGAGGAACUUAUUCCUUGUUGGGGCUUAUGCAAGCAAUGCUAUAAAGGGUUUUGUUAAUAGCGUAAAUAAAGAAAACAAUGGAGGUGUUUUGCCUAGUGAAAUUAGAGGGGUGAUUGUAAUGGGCAUUGAAGAUGAGGUUAUUCAGUUUGUUCGUCAAGGAGGGGGCGACAGAGAGAAGUGUUAA